AUGGAUGAAAAAAAAUGGGAGCAAUUUGUAACCACGCAUGAAAGUGAAGCUGCCAAGGCCAACAGUCAAAAGUAUAGGGAGUUGCAAGCGCGAAAUGUGCAUCCUCACUAUUUAGGGUCUACGGGCUAUGUUGGAAAGCAGUCUGAGUGGUUGAUGUGCGACCCAUUGUCUUCACAAUCUUCUUGUGCGGCUAUUACCUCGACCAUAUCAUCUACUGAUCGUAGUUUGGAUUGGGUUCGAGCGCGAUCUAAAAAAUCUGAAGAUGGAAGUUAUUACAUUCCCAAUGAAAAAACGAAGGGAGUGUUGGAUAAAAUUGUUGAGAAGUGUGAAGAGAUAAGUCAAGGCUCAUUCCAACCCAAAAGGCAAAAUGAUGUAUUGACAACAGUUCUUGGCACCAAUGAGCACGGUGGCUAUGUGAGAGGUGUUGGAGUGUACUCCAAUAUUCGGGAUGUGUUUGGUAAACCGGAGAGCAUAAGUCGUGGAAAUUCAGCUGGGCUUAUUUCAGUUAGUGAUAUGGAGAAGAUCAUAGAGAAGAGAAUAUAUGACAAAGUGGCUGAAAAGAUUAGAAAAGAAACAAUGGAAGAUAUGCAGCCCAAGUUUGAUUUGAUGCAAUCCCAACUGGAAUAUUUGAUGAAGAAUGCACAAGCAAGUCCAAAAGUUGGUACACCAACUUGGAGCAGUUGUCAUUCUAUUGAUCAAGUCAACAAACUUAAGGUAAUAUUGAAUAUCUUUAAUAUUUUGAAUAUUUGA